UCCACUUCGCUUGUUUAUUAGUGAACUCCUGAAGCAAGUUUCGGCCAUCUCGCUCUGUCUCGGUGCGCGUCUAAAUCCCUAGCCGGAGGACGAGCGGAGGAGAUGACAAUCGACGACGAGAACUCCAUCUACGUCGGGGGCCUUCCCUACGACAUCACCGAAGACGCCCUCCGCCGCGCCUUCGAUCUCUACGGCGCCGUUGUCGCCGUCAAGAUAAUCAAUGAUCGAGAAGUUGGAGGAAAAUGUUAUGGCUUUGUUACCUUCACUAAUCCUAGGUCUGCUGUUGAUGCUAUAAUGGACAUGAAUGGCAGGACCAUUGGUGGAAGAGUUGUACGAGUAAAUGAAGUCCGAACAAGAGGUGCAAGGCCGAAUUUCCAUCGUGAAAAUUUCCGUCGGGAUCCUGUGAAGGACAGUGACUGGGAUAGGGGCCGUGAUAGGGAAAGAGAUUACAUCCGUGAUAGAGACCGCUACAGAGAUAGAAAUAACGACCGAUCUCAGGAUCGAGACAGGGAAAGAGAAAGAGAUUAUGAGCGUGGACAUGACUUUGAUCGAGUGAGAGACUAUACUUCAGAACGAAGUCGAGAUAGAGAGGAUCAUGAUCAAGAGCAUAUGCGGGAUCAUGAUCAUGAUCGGGAAAGGGAACACAACACAGACAUUGAAAAUGAUAGGGAAAUUGAUAGAGCAAAAGAUCAUGAUGGAAGUAGAGACAAGGAGCAACUACUGAGAAAUAGGCUUGGUGCGCGUUUUAAUGGCCGUCAAAGCAGAGAAUUGUCAUCAGAUUCCAGUGAUGAUUUUCAUGACCAGGUGAAAGAACAAUUGGAGAUAUCCAUUCAGCGACGUGAGGAUCUCCAAAAGGAGCUUUGUUUGAUUGAAGAGAAGAUUGAAGUCAAGCAACAACUUAUUUCAGAUCUAGAGAAGAAAUCCCAGAAAUUAGAGGAUGCAUUGGCAGCUGCAAGGAAACUCUCCUUUCAACGACAGUCAAUGCUAACCAAGGUGCACAGAUGCUUUCUUCAGACACAAGACUAUGCUCAAAAGCUGAAAAGCUCUGAACAGGAACUCCAGGCUCUUGUGGACACGGCAAUGGGUGAAGUUGACGGUGGUGCAAGAGAUGGCCAGUUCUGAAAACCCAACCAGUUAGGCUUUCUGUAAAUCCUUGAGAAGGAUUAUUUUGUAAUUGAACUUAGAAGUAUAAAAUGCCUGUCAUGUUCUUAAUGCAAAAGAAAUUUUGGUAGAACAGAUGGAUCAGUUUAUUCAAAUGGCCGGGCAUGAUGAUCCCAUGCAGUUGGGCUUUUCUUAAACCUCGUUAAAGGGUUUGUUUUGUAACGGAGUUUCAGAGUAUGAAAUACCUUCCGUCUUCUUGAA